CUGAAUCGCGUGACGUCAUGUGCACCCGGUCGCGCAAUUAAUUACAUCCAACUUUCUCGGCGAUUCCACAAGCCUUGACACACACAUGGAGACUUUCUUUUGGCGGAACAUUUUUUUCGAGCUCACAACAAUGGUGGCAGCCAUUGACGCAGACCCAGAAUUAAGCGGCGAAAACCUGAGAGAUGUGCUGUGCGUGGGUGCAGGCCCGGUUGGGCUCCUGCUGGCACUGUUGACCAAGAAAAGCGGCAGCUCCGGCGUCGACCCCACCAAGGCCACCACCCCCAGGGUCACCGUGGUGGACAGACAGCCGGCGCGAUAUCCACUGCCUCGUGCCGUGUGUCUCGACCACGAGGGACAGCGCAUCCUCCGCUCGGCUGGUCUGGGGCCAAAACUGACGCCGCUGCUCGAGGACAUCAUCGGCCCACCCGGGACUAAUUUUGCCUGGAAGGAUGCAGAUGGGGAGAUUAUUGUGGAUCUCGAGUGGGAAAAACCUACAGCUAGCGGCUUGAAUAGAGCAUCCGGUUUCUGCCAGCCAGAGUUGGAGGCCAUGUUGGAAGAAGCCUGCAGGGAUGCCGGCAUUGAUAUUCUUCGUGGUUUGGAACUCGUCUCCCUCCACCAGCACGACGAUCACGUCACUGCCACUUUCAACAAAUGGCCAAGCGAGCAUGGAUCCAGCACACCAUCAAAAGCCACGGUGGUGCGCACACGGUACCUCGUCGGUUGCGACGGCGCCAACUCGACGGUGCGCCCACUGUGCAGCAUCGACUUCAACGACCUCGGCUUCCAGUACGACUGGCUGGUGUGCGACAUGCUGACCAAGGGCAACGGCCUGCCGCCCAAGGUGCUGCCGCACAAGAACGGCGCGCAGAUCUGCGACCCGGACCGGCCGACCACCUUUGCCAUGGGGGGCAACGGCCGCCGCCGCGUCGAAUUCAUGCGCCUCCCCGCCGAGGCCAGGGAAGAAUUCUUUACAGAGUCCAGAGCCUGGGAGCUGCUUCGGCCAUGGGGCUUCAGCCAUCACUAUGUCGACAUGGAACGCGUCGCCCUGUAUACCUUUCGAGCCCGCUGGGCAGGGGAAUGGCGGAAGAAUAGAGUUUUCCUCGCAGGGGAUGCUUGUCAUCAGAUGCCCCCUUUUCUAGGCCAGGGCAUGAACAGCGGCCUUCGCGAUGCCGCGGCACUCGCCUGGCGUUUACGUCUCGCCCUGGAUGGGCAUGCCAACACGUCCGGAUUUCUGCUGGACUCGUACUGCACCGAGCGGCUGGCGCACGUCCGAGCUAUCAUUGACCACAGCGUGCUGCUUGGAAAAGUCAUUUGCGAGACUGACAAGGCACAAGCUGCAGCAUAUGCAAAGGAUUUGAGGGCAAACCCUCCGCCACACGGCUUUGAUCCUCACCUUGGCACGCCGGGAAUUUUGCAGAUGGAUCAUCCCGCAGCAGGUCUCGUAGCUAUGCAGAGGCCGGUGGCAGGUCCUGAAGGUGGAAAAGCUAGUCUCUUUGAUCAAGUGUACGGCGCUGGCUGGCGAUUGCUUGUAUGGGGAGACACACCAAGAAUACGUCUAUCACCCGCUGCCCAGGAAUUCUUUGAUGCGAUCGGCGGAAAGGUAGUUGCGCUCAAAAUGACGGAUGACGCGACGGGGGAUUACGGCAGGUGGUUCGAGGAGGACUUGGGCAGCGCAAAGGCUGUGUUGUGGCGGCCCGACUUUUACGUCUAUGGGGUGAUUCGGGAGAGGUUGGAAGAGGCCGACGACAUGUUGUUGGGAUUGAGGGAUAAGAUCUUUGCGCCCCUGCUAUAAAUCUGGUCGAGAAUAUGUACAAGAUAUUCACCGAUUAAAAAUAGUCGAAUGCAAAGUUAGCGUAUGGUUUUGCUGGUGUUUUUUUUUUUUCUUUUUUCUUUUUUUUUU